CCAUGCUGUCAACGAAACGCUCCGCGAGCCGUCACGCUCUCGCAUUCGCAUCCAUCCCCAUCCCCAUUAUCCAACGGCCACCCAUGACCACCGCCACCCUCGCCGCUCCUCCUUUCCUCCCCCGCUCGCCGCCGGCGCGGGCGCCGAGGAUGAGGAGGAGGGCAGCGAGGCCCUUCCUCCGCGCCGCGUGCGCCUACGCGCUCCAGGAGGGCCAGUCCCGCCGCUUCCACCGCCUGCCGUGCGGCCUCGACCUCGAGGUCAUCGCGCAGCCCCCGCCGGCGCCGGGGGGGCGCCGCCCGCCGCUGGUGUUCGUGCACGGGAGCUUCCACGCGGCCUGGUGCUGGGCGGAGCACUGGCUGCCCUACUUCUCGCGGGCCGGGUUCCCCUGCUACGCCCUCAGCCUCCGCGCGCAGGGUGAAAGUAGUGUUCCACAGGAGGCAGUGGCGGGCACACUUGAGACGCAUACUGGCGAUAUUGCUGAUUUCAUCCAGAAGGAGAUCCCCUCGCCACCUGUACUAAUUGGACAUUCAUUUGGAGGCUUGAUUGUGCAGCAAUAUAUAUCAUGCUUGCAAGGUUCAGAAUCUCAUCCAAAGCUUGCUGGUGCAGUCCUUGUAUGUUCUGUGCCUCCCUCAGGAAAUAGUGGGUUGGUAUGGCGUUACCUAUUGACUAAACCUGUUGCUGCUUUCAAGGUGACUCUCAGCUUGGCUGCAAAAGCAUAUGCAAAUUCAUUAUCCCUCUGUAAGGAAACAUUUUUUUCACCACAAAUGGAUGAUGAACUUGUGUUAAGGUACCAAGCACUAAUGAAGGAGAGCUCAAAAUUGCCAAUGUUUGACUUAAGGAAGCUAAAUGCAGCACUGCCUGUACCUUCUGUACCAGAUAAUACAACAGAAGUUCUUGUCAUGGGUGCAAACAAUGAUUUUAUUGUUGAUUCUGAAGGGCUCUCAGAAACUUCGAGAUUUUACGGAGUGCAACCAGUAUGCGUGGAAGGUGUAGCUCACGAUAUGAUGCUAGAUUGCUCAUGGGAGAAAGGAGCUGAAAUAAUCUUGACGUGGUUAGAGAAAAUGACACCGUGAUUGUUGGAUGGGUUCAACCUUCGACAUUUUAGUAGCCAUGAUUCUUAUUGUUCUUUUUUUGUUGGACAUCUGUUGGUAGGGAGUUUCUAGUUAGUGCUCGGAUAUUGCUUCCAGUAUCGUUGUUCAAUUGGAAUAAAGUUUGUCAUUUCAUUGUUAGCUA